CUCCCCCACUGAACAUUUCAUCACAACUUCAGAAUCACACAGCCUCUCACAAAGCACUUAGACAUCAAAAGAAUUUGCUGAAAUGGCAGCUAAGAUCAUCGAGAGCCACCGUGUCGGUGCAGAGAUCGCAAAUGGUGACGAAGCAGCCAAGAAGAAGUCCAUUGAGCUUCUCUCUGAACUUGGCCUCCCAGAAGGGCUAUUCCCCUUGGACGAUAUGGAGGAGUUUGGGUAUAACCGCGCAAACGGGUUCAUGUGGAUUGUUCACAGGAAGAAGAAGGAGCACACCUUCAAGAAGAUCAAGCAGACAGUCUCCUAUGCCACCGAGGUGACGGCAUUCGUCGAAAAGGGGAAGCUGAAGAAGAUUGCAGGGGUGAAGACCAAAGAGCUGAUGCUGUGGCUCAGUGUGGUUGAGGUCUAUGUUGAUGAGUCUUCUGCUGGGAAGAUCACAUUCAAGACUGGCACUGGCCUCUCCGAUAGUUUUGAUGCGUCGGCCUUCGAGUUAGGAAUGUAAACUGAAGAACAUAUCAGGGGAUUUAUCUUUAAUUUUGUUUUGUUUCCCCCAUGUUUUAUGGUAUGUUCACUAUGUUGUUGUAACUUUACACGGAGAAUAAGUUAUGUUGGUUCUAUAAAUGAAGUAUUUCUGUGCAUCUGUAAUUUCUGGGUU